AUGGCACCGUCGUCGUCGUCGGGAUCCGUGGUGACGGUGGGGGGGAAGGGAGGAGCUCUCACCUCCUCCGCUGUCUACUCCGUCUCGCGAGGGCUGGCUGGGACCAGGAUCGACUCCGCCGCCUUCGAGAAGCUCUCUUCCCAGACGAAGAAGAGCUCCAGACUCUCUUCUCUACCUGAGCCCCCUUCGGCCGAUGGCAGCAGAUCGGGGAGGUUUCUCGCAGAGGAGGAGGCUCGUGCUGCUCUCGUUGUUCUCAUGCACAAGCUUGCCCUCUCUGACGGCGCAGGUAUCCGGCCCGUCAUCCCUGCCCUCGUCGAGGAGGUGUUCGACCUGGACGGAGGCCAUGAGACGCUUGAUUUUGGGUCGGCUCUGGGGUUUCUGUUGUCGCUCUGCCGACUGAGGGGGAAGAAGGUGGAGGACGUUGGUAUCACGGCUGAAGAGAUUGGAACCUUGGACGGUUCCUUGAUCUCCGCCUCGGCUGGUGUUGCGGCGAUAUUGGAUUCCGCUUCCUCGGUUUUCACCACGUUAUUAGAUGCUGUGGCGGCGCUUUCCUGCGAGGCGGCCGGGGCUGAUGUUGCGGCGGCAUUUGAUUUGCCGGCAUCUGGUGACGGUUUCUCAGUGAAGGACGAGACUGAUGUCGCCGGAGACAUGAAGGUGAUAUUGUUCGGGUCAAAGUUCACUGGUCGUCUUGCUACGGAACAUUUCACGGGGAUCCCUGCUGUUCAUGCCAGCUUCAGGAGUGCCGUGAGGACGCUGCACGGUAGAACUCGCGUCGUGUUGAACUCCUUGAUUAGAUCGCGGAAGAAAGACGCAGACCCCUGGAACCAUGGCCGAGAGACGGCAUUGGCUAGCUUGGCUUUGCCGCUUUGUUUGGCAGCUCGGGCAGCAGGAAAGAGCAGUCUGGGUCGUGCGAGGUCUACAAUUGCCGCACUUGGUGAUCCUGGCCUACGCUCGAGCGUUUCUGAGGUAUUUGAAAAAAACUGUCCAAACUUUGAUGCGUUGAGGGAUGGGUGCCAGCUGGUCUCAACAAAAGCCGCUGAUGAAGCAGACGACGUCGAAGUCCUGCAUGAAGCUCAUGAGUUGCUGCUUACGUUACGGAAGAUUCUUGCAUGGGAGGCUGCACUUGCGUUGUUUGUGAUCGAGAGGGACGAGUCCUUUGAUAAAACUCAAUCAGAACCCCUUUCAAAUGUUGAGUCAAAUGGAGGGGAUGCAAAGGGCGACAAGAAGAGUGAGAAGAAGAAAAAGAAGAAGACCUUAGGGCGUGGAACAUCUGUGAUACGGCAGCGCAUGCUCGCAUUCGUCAAUGGGGCACCUGAUAAUUCCUCUGUUCUCGGUAAUUUGGCCAAGGAUUUUCUUCUGUACUUCGACCCCAAGUGUACAAGCCUUCAUCACCUGCUAAGAGAUGUGAAAGAGAUUGUUGAAAGCAACGAGAUUAGAAGACUUCCGAAAAUUCCCAAGGUGCCUUUCACUAACUUAGGUUUAUGCCAAAUGUUCGUUUUUCCAGUUUUUUAUGGCGUUUUUUUACUGUUAAUGAUCUUCCCCUUUGCUUCUAUCAAUAAACCAGGAAAUUCCUAACAAUUCCCACUGGAAUGAAUUCAAAAAUCUUCUGCACCCGGAGGGCAACCAGCUUAUAUUUUUAACAUGUUGGAGCUUAAAAACGUGGCAUCAUCUUUCAAUUCAUAAUACUAUUUAUUGAAAGCACAUUUUUCUCUUGAUCGCCGCUUGUUAUCAGUUAACCUAUUUUUUACUUUAUUUCUCAUUUUGAGUGUUAAUCUAUUUUUUUGCCAUCUUACCUUCUACGUUAGUUCAUUCAAUGCCUAGGCAAUGAGGCAAUAUCUAAGGGCAAGGUGCCUGAGUACAUAGGGCAGACCUAUUCAGAUGAUCACUUUGGUCAUCCUAGUGCUGCCGCAGUUACCCUUGCUUGUCACUCUAACCGACCUAUCAGGAGCCCUAUUUAUAAAAUAAUUUAAGAUGAUAGAAUAUAACACAAUUUUCCUUCAAUGGUGUGUAAAAGACAAAGGCUAUCAAUUGGAGUAUAUUGAAAAUCUAGGCACGUCACCUCAUCUUUCAGUUCAAAAUCAUUGAUCCCAACAUGCAGAAACAAUGUGUUUGAGUAGUCACACAUUCGAAAAAUUGAAAUUAAAUUGUGCAGUUUCAUAGAUGAUCUUCCUCCACUCCUUAUUAGUUAUUUUCGUUUGGUUGUCAAUUACCCCUGUAUCACUUGUGCUGUGCGCACACUAGCAUUUAUGCUAUCCACGCAGCAAGGCCCUGGCUUGCGUGUGGAUUGGCGUUUUGGAAUGGUCCCUCCUUUGGAAACCUAUAAGCUUGUAAUUAUUUAGAUGGUCCCACCAAUGUUCUUACCCCAAGAUUGUGAAGUAUAUUGCCAAUAAUAGAAGGACAAUGUUUACAAAGUCAUUGAUAUUAGGUGCCAACCUUUGCGUGUUGCAGAGAAACAAAUUUUUAUAUAAAAACGAACUCGUACAAUGUGGAUUUACUUUUCAGCAACUUCCUCAAACACUCGUAUAAUUAAAUAAACUUUGUAUGAGAUGAUCUAGACCUUUUAUAUAAUUUAGAUACGUUUAGAUUAUACUUUUCAUUUGUAUCUUUGGUAACCACAAGUUUUGGCUAAGUCAGACACCUCAUUGUACAAGCAAUAAGGCAUUUGGUUCCCUCCGUAGUAGACUUUAUGGCCUAAUGUUAUUCCCUCGUUACCCAUUAUGAGUUUUCUUCCAGGCUGUUAUGGUGAACUUGUAGUAAAAUUUAUCAUCUGUAGAAUAAUCAGCAUAUACUUACCUUUUCUGUUUCCUUCAUGAUUAAUGGCUUCUAAUAUUUUUUCUUACAUUUUUAUUCGUUAAAUGCAUUUUUAGUUUUCUGUAUAUUUUAAUAAAAAAGUAAAAACUUCUUUGUCAACAGGGUACUCGUGAUUUUGGCAAGGACCAGAUGGCCAUCAGAGAACGGGCAUUUUCAAUCAUUAUAGAUGUAUUCAAAAUGCAUGGCGCGACAGCUCUUGACACUCCUGUGUUUGAAUUAAGAGAAACACUAAUGGGAAAAUAUGGAGAAGAUUCAAAAUUGAUUUAUGAUCUUGCUGACCAGGUUUGCAGUUCAUUUGCGAUUAUCUAUCAAUUCAUGACAUUUAAACCUUACAAAAAAAUGAACGUUCAUUGCGUUUCUUUUGACUGAGUUUGAGAUGGCCUAAAGCUCUUGUUUUCGUUUUUUGAUAAACACUAGAUUAGGUAUGGGUAUCUUGUUCCAUUGUUUAUUGAUAGCCAGUUGUCAUCUCUAGACUCUUAAUCUUUUUUCCUACUCCAGUAUUUGGGCGGUUGGCUUUUAUUUUAUGUCAAUGGUUAUAUUAGUUCGUCUUCUUCUUAAAUCAAAUGAAUCGCCCUAAAACUAAAGUGCGUCGGAUAUACAAGGUGAAUCCUUGUUUUUCCAUUAUUCAUCCUAGUAGCUUUUUUAUUUCAUUGUUUUUGGGUUUUUUUUUUCAAUUACAAUAGUCUUGAACAGGUCGUGACAUCAGCGUUUCCUUAUUAAUUGGAGUAUGAGUUGUUAUCAAAACAAAGAGAAGGACAAGCAAUAAUUAGAAUGGUAGCUGAUUCAUGUACUUCAAUUCAUCCUCUUCUCAUGUUGUCCUCUUUCUGCAUUACCCCAUCUCCUCUUACCAUAAUUAGAAUGGUAGCCUUUUUAAUUUCUUUACCAUAUAGGUGUGCUACAAUCUGUACUACUUUUUCCUCUAUCCAUCCUACAGUUCAUCCUUGGGUAAGAAUUGGUAGCUUUUUCCGAAUCUGUCCUUCAAUGAGUUUUAUGAAAGGAGAAAACCUUCCUACAGCACAUUGACUGUAAUGGCGUACGCCACCCUCCCUUUCCCAGUGCGCUUGAUGGCUUUUUGGAAUUUUCAGGAUGUAUGUGCCUUUUUUGUUUUGGAGUAAAAUUUUCUUCUUCGCUGGGAUUCAUGUCAUGGAUUUUGCAUUUAUGACCUUUGUGCGAAACUCCCUCUGACUUCUUAUUUUCAUCUCAAACCCGAGAACGUGGGUUUAGCCAGUAUUUUUCCCCAUGUGCUAUGUUUUGGCCAUAAAUUUGGACGACAUUUGCAGUAGAAUUCUUGUUUUAAAAACUUGAUUCUAUCUUAAUGCAGAAUCUAAAGACAAUUCACAAAGUAUGAUUGAUAAAGGAAACACUUUAUUUUUUCGGAGUCCAAUUUGUAUGUGGAAAUCUUGAAGCAUUUUAAUAUUGGAGGAGAGAAACUGUCUAAAUUUCGUUUCUAGAAGAUAUUUUUACUUAGAAUAAAGAAGAUCAUACUUUCAUAGCGUCUCCCAUAGAAUGUGUAAUUCAUAUUUAUGUUGUGUGCAGGGUGGUGAAAUUUGCUCGUUACGAUAUGAUUUAACUGUUCCAUUUGCUCGUUAUGUAGCCAUGAAUAAUAUCAGCUCAUUGAAAAGGUACCAAAUAGCUAAAGUAUACAGAAGAGACAACCCAUCAAAGGGUAGGUACCGUGAGUUCUACCAGUGUGACUUUGAUAUCGCUGGCCAGUAUGAACCAAUGGAACCGGACUUUGAGGUCAUCAAAGUCUUGACUGAACUCCUAGAUGCACUAAACAUUGGCGAAUAUGAGGUACUUUACUUUCAUCCAUUACAACUGCAACGAUUUAUGCCUGUAACCAUAUUUUCCCUUUUGGUGACCUCUUCUUUUGCAAAGUAAAAUAUGUUACCGCGCUUUAUAUCUGAAAACUCUGACAAAAAAUUGCAUUUAUGAAAUAUAUCGGAAAUUUGGUAGAAGAUUUUCAUUUGUUUGCUUGAAUUCACAACUUCAAUCUGCUUCUAUACUGUUUUAUUUUCGCCUACUUUGUUGAUCCGCGUUUAUAAAUGCAGGUAAAAUUGAAUCAUCGAAAGUUGCUGGAUGGGAUGCUUGCAAUUUGUGGAGUUUGCCCAGAAAAAUUUAGAACAGUGUGUUCAAGCAUUGACAAGUUGGACAAGCAACCUUUUGAACAAAUAAAAAAGGAACUGGUAAGGGUAUAAAAUUUAACUUUUUUUAAUUUCCUGGAGCUUGGAAAAGGAAGUAUUACGGGUGCCAGUUUCUUGUCCCACAGCUAAUUAGCCUGACAUUGUUCCACUGCCGCAUUCUAUAAUUUCUCUUUAAAUGUAAAUUUAACUGUUUUCUCUGAUGAAGUUUCUCUUCCCCUCUUCUUUUGCGGCUUUUUUUUUUACUCACCCCUGUAAAAUUUCAUUCUCAUUUGUAAGGUCUUAACCCUUUAAGCAUCAUUUCCUCAAGUAUUAAGUCAAGGUUGACCCUCUUGGUAUUGUAUCCAGAUGAAAAUUGAAAGAUGUGGGAUUGUACUAGCUUGGUUGUGACCCAUACCGAAUCAACUUGGUUUUGCUCUGAUUCCUAUGAAUCAUUGCGUGUUAGUUCUCCUGAGAAAUCAUCAUAUGAUUGAAAAUGGUUACGUUUUUGCGUAUGUUUAUUCACAUCAAAUACCAAUGGAGUAUCUUGAAAUUCCAAAUUGAAACCCAGUUCUCUGAAAUUUUAAAAUAAAGCAAAACAUCAUGUAAAAGGUUUCUGAGAAAAGAAUUGAAGGUCGGGCUGUGACCUCCCAUGCCCAUUACUACUUCUGGCCUUUGUCAUUUCCAUAUGCUAUGUAAACCAAAGUCCGAGUUGAAAUAGUUCAGGCAUCUGAUUCCCUCCUAGUUAGUUAUUGCAUCCCUUGUUAGCAUCUAAAUUUCGUGACUGUUUCCAGUGCAUAUCAACAUGUCCCCUCCCCACAACCUGCUAGAAAUUCCUUAGAUUCUUAUGGACUGGAAGGAUACAAAUCGAAUCGGUUCCCUCGUGGAUGUAAUUGGCACAUUGGCUUCUCUUUGAUAUCGGGCAGAGGAGACCUCAUGUGCCAGAGCCUCGUCCAGUAUCCUGUUUAUACUAGAUUGUUCUUACUGCGACGUUCAGCUUGCUUUCAACAUAUAAUUUUAUGUGUUAAUAUCUUUUGUGUCCCAUUUUCAUCAUCUUGAUGUAGCAGAACAUUUUUGUCAGGUGGAAGAAAAAGGGUUAGCCGUUGAGACAGCAGAGAAGAUUGGUGAAUUCGUGAAGAAAAGGGGGAGCCCUUUUGAAAUACUGUCAUGCUUGAAGGAAGAGGGCAGCCCAUUCUUAGAACACGAGGAAUCUUCAGCUGCGCUGAUCGAUCUAGAGAUCUUAUUCAAAGCCCUGGAGAGGUCAAAGAGCACAGACAAGAUAGUCUUUGACUUGAGUCUUGCCCGGGGUCUUGACUACUAUACAGGAGUUAUAUUUGAAGCUGUCUUUAGAGGUGCCACACAGGUAAAGAUCUCCAUAAAUAUUGUACUUUAGGAAAUUAGAGGUAUCAUUUUAAUGGAAAGAACUCUAUAAAUAUUUUACUUUUUCUGGUACACAAAGGACAUUUCAUUGCUGAAAAUCUUUGCCAUUUUAAUAAUGUCAGUUUUCAUCUGUGCAAUUCUCAUAACUUUCUCAAUUCAUGGACGGUUCCCUAUGUUAAGUGUGUAAACACUCUCCCCCAUGGGAACGUUGUAAAAGUCAGCACUCUCCUCCCGCAUUGCCAAUUUUGAAAUACCAAAAAAAAUAAUGCCCGUCCCCAGAAAUUUCUAUAUUUAUUCCGUGAGACGCAAAUUGAGCUCCUCAACUAAGAUGGGUGUCCUUCUGAGGAGUUCCUUGAAAGGUUUUCUCUUGCUAAAGCUCCUUAGACUAGUAGCUAUACUCAUUGAAGUCCUCUCUCUCUCUCUCUCUCUCUCUCGCCUAAAGCUGCUCCAUAGCUAUUUGGAUAAUUCUUAUAAAUAAGGAAAUUGAAGUUCGUUGAAGUCCUUUUUUUCCCUCAUCCGAUUCAUCAAUUUGAUGCCUUGUCUGAUCUGCCAGUUUUUUCUAUUUUUAGGUUGGUUCUAUUGCAGCAGGUGGCCGCUAUGACAAUCUUGUGGGCAUGUUCAGCGGAAAGCAUGUCCCUGCUGUUGGCAUCAGCCUUGGCAUCGAACGGGUGUUCACCAUAAUGGAGCAGCUUGCAAAGGGCCACAAUCAGGUGAUAGCAGUCGUUAUCUCACACUACUGUAUUCCACCUUUUUACUAUGGAAAUUCUUCCUUGAUUUCUCUCAUGCAAAUAUAUACUUGGAGAGAGAGAGAGAGAGAGAGAGAGUCAUAAGAGGCUUUGAUCAUCAGAUGCUACUAUAAUAAGCAUUUAAUUAGACACUUGCUAAUUCUGGAAAAUCUGCCCCUGGAUGACGAGGAGAUUGUUCUUCUUCACUUUACCCAUCAGGCAGUGGUAGUCAGUUUCCACCAAUGAGUGUUGUAUAUUUAGUUCCUUCCUCAAAAAAAAAAAAAAAAAAGACUCUUCUGUUACUACUAUAAUAAGCAUUCAAUAGGAGUUCAUCUUCGGCUCAAUGCUCUUGCCAAUUCUGAAUAUUGAUUGAUUUUCAUGUAUGCUCAAGAAUGAAAAGAUUGGAUGGUGACUCCAUUGUGGAUAUUUCUCUCUUUGGCAGUCGGCCCGCGCGACGGAGACCGAGGUCCUGGUAGCGGUGCUGGGCAAGGACCUCCCCCUGGCGGCGGAGCUGGUGAGCGAGAUGUGGCGGGUGGGGAUCAACGCCGAGUUCAGCAUCCACAAGAAGGUGAUGAAGCACAUCGACCGAGCCCGGCAGUCGCGGAUACCAUGGAUGGUGCUGGUGGGGGAGCUGGAGCUGGAGAAGGGCAUCGUCAAGCUGAAGAACAUCGAGGAGAGCACCGAGGAGGAUGUUCCAAGGGGGGAGAUCGUUGAGGAGCUGCUGAAGAGAAUGGAGAAGGCAGCUCCGCCGUCGUCGCACCGCCGCCGCCGGGCGGUGGUCUGA